GUGUGACGAGGGCCGAAACAGCUGUUCUGCUGUUGGAUGGUUGCUUUGACAGGGAGGUCGAAGGAUAAAGCGAAUGUUUUAUUUAGAUUUAACCCUUUUAAAUGAUAUCGCGAAUAUUCCGUGGCGAAAAUGAGAAUGUUGCAGUCAAGAGAAAACGGCAAAUCGACACUCUGAAAAUUUUUAACGACAAUGUAGUAGAGUUAAGAGAAGAUGUGGAAUAUCAGGUACAAUUCAAUGCUGGGGAAAGGAGAAUGGCUAUUAUGGUCUCUUUGUCACCGGAGUUUCCGUUGGAAAAACCAGUGCUUAGGGUUUCUCCACCCAUAAACCACCCUUGGUGUAAUGAACAUAGUGAAAUCACAAGCGCACCAGGACUACUUAAUUUUACAGUGCAUAGUGAUCUUGGUCGUGUUGUUCAAGCUAUCAUUAGAGAGUUCAGCAAACAUCCACCACAGUUAUUAGAAGACAUCUCUCCUGGAUCUGUGAAAUCUCAUAGAGAUUCACAAGGAAGGAAUUCUCCAUCUUAUUCGUUACAACAGUACCCAGAAAUUCCACCAACAUCAUACAAUUCUUACUAUUCCACUCAAUAUCCACAAUAUUCGUCUACCAGUGCGAAUACUUGUAUUUAUAAUUAUAAUCACACGAAUUCAGGUACUGCAUAUGUGACGGAUAGCCAUACGAAAUUCGGUUCUCCAUCGCAGCAUUUAACGUAUAUUUCAAGUUCGACAAGUAGUUCACUUCAUAAUACAGAUUCAUCGAGAUACAGUUCGAAUCAACAUGGAACAUAUUUGAAUUCGCAUUACGUAAACGCGAAUUAUCAUCAACAGUCGUUGCCGAAUCAAGCGCAAAUCAAGUUGCGGCAAAGUGUAGCGUUUCCAGAAUUGAAUAACUUGACUAAUGAGGAAUUGAAACGACUAAGCGAGGAUGAUGAUAAAUUAGAUGAAUUCCUGGAUAAACAUUCCGAGUUAAAAGACAUUAACAUAGCUAUUGACGAUGCAAUAGAUUGGGUCCAAAAAACUGCCGAGGCCAAUGUAGCCAAAGAACCCGAGCUUAGAGAAUUGCAGUCUGACGUAACAAAUAAAGUACAGACUGUCACUGCACUAAAGACUAGAUAUGAUCAGCUUAUACAACGAUACAAUAAGUUGUCUGAGGCAUUUACUCCAGAUCACAUAAAAGAAUGUUUAAGGAAAGCAGCAGAUGAGAGUCACGAGGAAAGUGAACGAAUUGCCGAGGACUUCUUGAAUAGAAAAAUCGAUGUCGAACGUUUCCUCAGUACGUAUAUUGAAUGUAGGAAAUUGGGUCAAGCAAGAAGAUCUAAAGAGGAAAAAUUAGCACACCAGUUAAACGAGUUGAAACGAGCGGGUUAUUAAAAUCAUGUAUAAUCUUAUCUUUUUCUAUGAAUCGAACAACUUGUAAAUAAUGCCUAGUUCAAUUAAACGAUACUGUGAAUUUGAAUAGCAUUCGUGUUUAUGAAAUAUCUAUGCGAUAAAAAUACUCGCUGGCAGAGAACAUUUUUAUAACGUAUUAAUACGUUACUACGUUGCAGAGUUACGUCAUUGCAAUAUAUACAUGAGCUACAUUAAAAAUUAAUUAAAUUGUGUGGCAUUCCGGACAAAUAA